AUAUUUGAUCGAUCCAGGAUGGCCCCGAAGACUCCCAUUAAGAAUGAACCAGUUGACCUAUCAAAGCAGAAAGGCUGCACCCCAGAAAGAAAUCCAAUUACACCUGUCAAGCUCAUUGACAGACCACAGCCYGACCCCUGGACCCCCACUGCUAACCUGAAGAUGCUUAUUAGUGCUGCUAGCCCUGACAUGAGGGACAGGGAGAAGAAGAAAGAGCUCUUCAGACCCAUAGAGAACAGCGAGCAGAAAGAGACCUCCAAUUGUUUACAGUAUGAUAUGAUAGACGACAGCGCGGUUGAUGAAUUUGAAAAGCAGAGGCCCAGCAGAAAACAGAAAAGCUUAGGACUCUUGUGCCAAAAGUUUCUAGCUCGCUAUCCAAGUUACCCACUGUCUACAGAAAAAACUACUAUUUCUUUGGACGAAGUGGCUUCAAUUCUUGGAGUYGAGCGGAGGCGAAUCUACGACAUAGUGAACGUCCUGGAGUCGCUGCACUUGGUUAGCCGUGUGGCCAAGAACCAGUACUGCUGGCAUGGCCGGCACAACCUGGGUCAAACGCUGAAAAGGCUUCAGGAAGCAGGAGAGUUGCAAUAUGGAGAGCUAAUGGCCUUCUUUCAGCACAAGGAGCAGGACCUGGACUAUACCUUUGGAGAAAGGAGAAAAGAAACUAGUCUAGAUUCUCAAGACAGACCACUACUUGACUUUUCAGAGCCAGAUUGCACCUCUGCAUCUGCAAACAGCAGAAAGGACAAGUCGUUGCGGAUUAUGAGCCAAAAGUUUGUCAUGCUGUUCCUUGUCUCCAAGACCAAGAUAGUCACUCUGGACAUCGCAGCAAAGAUACUGAUAGAAGAAAGCCAGGAUACAGUGGACCACAGCAAAUUUAAAACGAAGGUACGAAGGCUGUAUGAUAUUGCCAAUGUUCUCACCAGCCUAGGCUUGAUAAAGAAAGUUCAYGUCACAGAGGAGCGGGGGCGCAAACCAGCCUUCAAGUGGAUUGGGCCUGUGGAAUUCAGGGGCAAGAGAGAGAAGCCRAGAGGGCACAGCCCAACAUCUGAUCAUCUGCCAGAGAUACAGAGAGAAGCCUGUGCCCCGUAUCCGACCUGUGCUAGUGGACAGCAAAGGUUCACCCGUCACGCUUCGCUUAGUGAUGCACAGCCUUGUGAAGGGACCAAGAAGAAGCUCCUUGCUGAGCCUCACAGCCCACAUCAAGGGAAGCAAGCUUGUAAUGUGAACUCAGAUGAAUAUUGUUCUGAAAUGGCAGGUCUAACUACUGCCUGUAGGCAGAAAAGGGAAGAUAUUAGGAAUAAAGCUUGUGCCACAGAAACGAUCUUAAAUUCAGGCAGGAACCAAAGCAUAAAUUCGCCCCUUUCCCUUCUCCCGGUUCCAGGGGACUCUGAUUUCUGCCUUAAGCCUCACACGUUGUUCCCCGUGGUUCAGCCAGAUGGGCCAGGCCUCUCACUACCAAACGGAGUCAGCAGCCAAGCUCGACAGCCUCCGGUUCCAGAAGCCUCACAACUGGCAAAUGGAAAACCUGCCCUGCUCCCCAGCCAGCCUUUCCUGUGCUUCCCCCCUUCCUCCCUUUUCAUGCUCUGUGGCAGUCUCCAGGAGAGUGUCCUGAAGGAGAGCCGCGCUGCCGCAGGAAAUGCAGGGAACAGGAGUGCCAGGGAAUGGGCCUCCCCACACAAAGCCCAGGCUGCGGAAGCUCCAGCGCAUUCCCAGAAACGCAGCUCCCACCCGUGCCCGUCGCCCUCUGCCCCUGCGGACAACGAGGAGCCUCGUGCUAAAAAGCAGCCCCUGGAGCAGGACAACAUCCCCCUCUCGCUUGUAGUGCCCAAGGAGCCCUUUGAGUCACCUGAGGCAGAAUCUACCCCGGGAAGUGGCUGUACAUCUGCAGUACAUCUAGAAGCUUUUCAACUUGACCUCACAACUCCUGCUGCUCCAGAGUUUGAAGACAAGGAGACUACUAAGUCUUUAGACCCUCAGGAGCAAGAACAAGCAUCUCAGAAUAAARACCCCAGCGAACCCUCUCUAGGAACAGAGCACAUCUGUAAAGAAAAUGCUGGUCAACCCUUCCCACCACAGUAUCUUUAUGUUCAACCUACUGCUGGGUUAAGCAGCCUUAAUUUUCUGUUCUCUGCAAACCAAGCCCCUGGUGCUGUCGGCCURGCCGCGAGCCACUUACCUUCUCUGAGCGUCCCCUGUGUCGUGGUGCCAUCAGCAGCCCUGGCUUCCUUCCCGCUCGUCUGCUCUCCCGCCAUUCCCGGCCCUCUUUCCCCAGUGCCUGAUGGUUCCUUCCCAGCCGCCGCCCCGCUGAAUCUCGGCAUGUCUGGCCUGGCAUCCGCGGCGCCCGUUUUCAUCGGCCCCACRGCAAUGCUGCCCCCAAAGGCCUCGCAGUCACCGCCAGAGCCCCAGCAACCAGCUCAGCCCCCCGUGCACCUGAGUCCCGUGCUAGCCAGGUCUGGCAGCGCUGUUAAACUGGACUCUGCUGUGUAUAUGGGGCAUCCCGUGACCCUCCUGAAACUGCAGCAGCCCUUGUCAGCUCCCCUCACUCCCAAGAGCAUUCGUCCUGCACAUCAUGAGGCCUUCUUCAAAACGCCCGGCAGCCUCGGAGAGCCCGUGGCGUGGAAGAAGAGUGAAGGCAGCCAGAGCAGGAACGCCAGCUCUGUGCAGAGGAGACUGGAAAUCUCUACUGCCAGCACUGACUAACUCCGUUCAAUGCAAGGGCCGGGCACAUUGUCCUAGGACUCUGUACCUGUSCAAAGAAGAGCAAGCCAGUUGGUACCAAGCAAGAGGAGUGUAUUGAAAUGCCAUCCACGUUUCCCUACUAUCUAUUCACCUGCUAAUUUUGUUAACCUUCCGUUUCACAAGUCAGCCUUUCUACUGUGAAUACCUUUUACUUGGUUGUUUCUUCAGUACUAGUUUGGAUUCAAGAGCUGUCCUUAGCACAGCUUUAUGAGCAUCAAAUUGCAUUUGUGAUUUUAAUUUGGAAAGCUGUGGGGAGAUGCAAUCCAAAUUUCCUUCCAGGCCCUAUAGGUUCUUUAUUCCUCUUUGUAAGCGAGCUCUCAAGCACUUAUCUGGGUGAGCAUCUUUUUUUUUAUUCUACUUCCCCUGAGUAAAUCCUGAGUAACACUGAGUGAAAACGAUACUUCCAGCUACUUCCUUGGUUCCAAUCUGUCAAAUCCUGCCUCAGCAGUGCAGCCUCUUCCUAUUUAUUUUGUACUUUGGAGUGGGAUUUAGAGCAAAAAAAAAAAGUUCUUUGCAGCUUCAGAAUAACAGAUUUUCUCAGGCUAUGAUUACUUGAAUGUCAGUUGGUUAUUCUACUAUUUGCCCAGCACUUGUGGUUUUAAAAACCUAAUAGUAACUUAACAUAAUAUGAUUGAAUGUAUACAUGUGAAAAAUAUUAAGACCAAAAUAACUGUGAAUUUUAACAUUUUUAUAGUUGUAUUAAUGAACUGUAAUAGUCCUUGUUUGUUUCUCAUAUUCUGAGCAAAAAGUACAAGUUAGAUGUAAAAGAAAAAUCCCAAACCCGAUUCCUAAAUAAGCCUGACAAAGUAAUUUGAGAAUGGCAAGCCAAGGUUUCAUCUUAAAUAUAUAGUCUGGAUUUUAUGGCCAAAGAGUACUGAUUAGUCAUUAACUUCAUGGCUAGGUUGAAUUUUUAGUGGUCUACUUAAGUGCCUAACUGUUSAUCUAUAGGAAUUCUUACCAACUUGUGAAUAGUGCAUUGGAGCAUACUUGGGAAGCGAGAGGUCUUGUCUUUUGAUGUUUACCUCCCUAAACUGGCCAAAGCAGCUGAAAAGGGAUGGGAGCCCCAAAUUCAGGAACUGUGGGAUAAAACGGUCUGUGUUCCUGUUGAGAAAAUUGGGAGGAAGGAAGGGAUAUGUAACACCUAGCUUUGAAAAUCACUAAAUAAUGGAUGGAGCUCUUAACCCUUAAUUAUUAUAUCCUAACAUAUUAAUGUUUUCACUGCAGUUACAUUUUUUCAGUCUCCUUUGUUAAAAAGGGGAGAAAAAAGGAAAGAAACAACUUGGCAAAGUUGAUGACAUGUGAUUUGGGAAUUUUUAGCAAAAAUGGGGACAUUUCCUCUCUAGUUGGCAAGAACUUCGUGUGGACUGGUACUGGUUUUCAGAGUAGUCUGAUGUGCUACUCCGUGGUCUUGAGAGGCUAGGACACUGGGCUUGUGAGUUUGAUGAGGGUUUUUUAUUUUUAUAAUGAAUUGUAUUAUGAAAAUGUAUUAUGGAAAUUAAGAAAGAAUUUUAGUGGAAGUGGGAGCUUGAGUAAUGUGGCCUUAUGUUAGAAUAGACCAAUAACAGCCUUAUAAAGAGGGUGGGUUAGCCCUCCUUGGAAGAAAAUCUCUGCAGCAGAAUUAUCACAGGGAAAUUCAGGAGCGGUAGAGAGCGGUCUCCAGACAGCUAAGCUUAAAGGCUUUUUUACUUAAAAAAAUAAGAAAGGAAGACAAAGAAACACACACUACAGUCGUGAAAGUUUACGAUUACUGCUUCUGAACCAUUUCUUCUCGUAGACCCGUUUCAAGAACGGGUGUCCCUUGAGGAAGCAGCGUGCGAGGGGCCCCGUGCUGCCCACGUGCCUCUGCUGGGAUGCCUUCUCCAAACCCUUCCUUCUCUCCCCACCCCGGGAAUGGGCAAACUCGGGUGAAGCAGAAGCUGAGAGGAGAGAGGAGCAGCUGAACUCAGUAACGACUCUAAGUUAAGGCAUUAGCGCAGGGCCUGUUGUGCUUUGUCAGUUSAGUUUUUCCCUUCUGUAUCUACCCGAACUAUACUUGAAAAUGCAGGGACUGAAAAUACAUCUGCA